AUGACUUCGCACCAGGUCGCGAUCGCAAAGGCGGCAUUUUCGGCCGGACUUCUGCGCCCGGAUCCCUCGUCCGCCGGAUCUGUUCCCCGAGACCAAAUUACUGAGUUCCACGAUGCCCUUGACAGAGCAAUAGCGCGUUGCUCACCAGCAAAUAUCCAGACCUGCAAAGCGUGGAUCCUGAAAAAUAUCAUUGAAUCCGCCAACCGGGUUGGAGCUUUGGGAAAGUAUCUCGCUGGUCUCGCGUCGUCAUUCCAAGCCGGCCCACAAAUGGAGGGCCAUUCUACUAGUGACAAACAGCCCAGAGUGUCUACAAAACGGAAACUACUACAUAUUUUAUAUUUACUGAACGACCUUCAGCAUCAUACUAAAUAUCACCUUGAGGCCGCUUCUCCUUUCUUGACACUGACAAGCUCCCUUCAACCCUACUUAGUAACUCUCUUUGCCCUUGCAGCAAGAUGCGAUCGCCAGUCAAACCCGAAACACCACCGACGACUUAAAGAGUUACUUGACCUUUGGGAACAUAAUGACUACUACCGUAAAGAGUAUAUCGACAAAUUACGAGAGACAGUAACAAAUCCGCACGCUGAGGAUGCUAAAAAUUUACAAUCGGCUGGAAACAGCAUUGGUGGUGGACCAGAAAAGAAGAUCAUGGCGAAAGAUGCGCCGUAUAUAAUGCCGGCGACACAUGGCGAUACGACGGCUCCUUACUAUGAAUUACCCGCUGGCAAUAUGUUACCACAUAUUAUCCCAAACUCUUCAAUCCCCAUAAAGACUCAGUCAGUUAAAGCACUUCAGUUUGUGCCCGGUCCCGCUGAUGAUGCCCUCAUUAAAGCCGUGCAGUCUUUACUCACAUGCGCAAAGAAGAUGUACAAUGUUGCUGAGGAUGAGACGGAUAAUUCGACCAAAAUCGACAUUAACGAACUUGGUCAGUUUAUAACUCAUGAUGAAUUGACCGGAGAGGUUAUAAUUGGAGAAGCGUACUAUGGCUGGUCUGAAUCCUUUUGCCAGCGAAUGAAGCAAAAAAGGGAUGGAAAACAUAGCAGAAGCCCUAGUCGAAGUAGGAGCAUGAGUAGGAGCCGGAGUCGAAGUUUUAGCCCUGUCCAAAGGCGGCGAUAUAGCGACAGUAACAGCGACGAUGAUCGAUUGAAGCGUCGUAGGUCCAGUGGGUCGGUCGACUCUCGAAAAUAUCGAAGAGUUAGCUCCCAUUCACGUUCCCCAUCUCACUCCCGAUCACCUCGGCGAAGGCGACCAUAUUCAAGAUCACGCUCCUACUCUCCGGCCCCGGACCCACCCCAAAACGCCCCUCCAUCGCACUUUCAGCCGACCGGGCUUCCUGGCGGUCUUCCUCCCCCGGCCCAAGCGUCUUUCAUUUUAUCCCAGCAGUACAAUUCCCAACCUCCAAAUCCCAAGGCUCCUGAUGUUGGAAUGUUCAUUCCGCCUCCAAGGCCGCCGAAUUAUCACGGCCAAUGGCCUCCACCACCACCUCCACCUCCACUUCAGCCUGGAUAUCCUAGCACUACACCGUUUCCCCAAGGGAUGAGUAUGGGAUUUAACAUUCCUGGAUUUGGCCAGCCCACAGCCCCUGUCAUUCCUGGCACGCAUCUUGUACCUCCACCUCCAAUGCCCCCUCAGCAAGGCAAUAUACCCGGCUCUGCACAAGGGCAAACCGGAGCGUUUCAGUAUAUGCCGGCAGAUUCGGUAAACAACCAACGUUACCAUGAAAAUGGCGCACCUGGUUCCAAACUUGGAGGUGGAAGCUGGCAUCGGGGCAGCUGGUCGUAG